GCUCUAAAAAUAUUCACAUUCUUAAGAAAACUACAACUUAAAAUUAACCUACAUGCUAUUUUCACCUAUAAAGUUGGUAGAGUUGAAAAAGUGUGAAAAUACAUUCCCAUUCAUUGAUGGAGAGUUGUAAAUUAGUAAAACUUUUAUGGAAGGAAAUUUGACACUGUCAAUCAAAAUUCCAAAUACAUGGUCCUUGACCUAGUAAUUCUUUCACACUUUAUCAUUCAUACACCUUUAACGUGUUUCAAGUAAUAUAUGUAUAAAGUUACUCACUGCUCCAUUGUUCAUAAGAGCAAAGAUAGAAACCUUGAUUAUCUAUCACAAUCUAUUUUCAAAACAAGACAAAUAUUUAUGUUCAGAUAUAAAAACACCGCUAAGACAGAGUUAAGUGGAGAAAAGCUAAGUAUAUAGCAUUCUGCGAUCUGUGAAUAAGAGCUAGUCAGGGAUGAUGGAUGGAGAUGGGUAGAUUUUCACUUGCAUAUGUUUAAAAUAUUCCUGGAAGCUUAGCCAGAAAGCAGUCUGCCUUGGAAACACACCUGAUGCCUGGAGGUCAGGUAUGGUAGAGAGAUAAACUUUCUCUUGUAAUGUGUCUUUGUAUCUUUGAUUUUUUUGUCAUGAACAUAUAUUAGCUAUUUAAAAGAAUUGAAUCAAAGUCUAUGCCCUACUCAAAACGUUCUUUGCUUCCUCUCUGCUACAUUCGCUUAUUUCACCUGCUCUUUUGCUGUCCUUGAACAUUUAUAUCACCAAUAAAGCCGUGGGCUCCUUCAGGGCCACCGCUACAUCUCUAUCACAUUGGCAUUUCCAGCGUUGGUACAGCGGUCUCAAUCCUAAAAAGUCAUUUUUUAAUGUGAUGUUUUUUAAGGAUGAUGAAAAUCCUUUUCUUGGAAGGAAGUCUGGCCAUAAACAAGGCCCUAAAAACCUUUUCGGACCAAUCCUGGGAUUCUACCUUGAAAUAUGUCUUUUAAGAGAAAGAAAGGAGAGACAGAAUGAAGCUGAAACUGACUUAAAGAACUGACUGGACUCCAGAACAAUGAUGCUGGUGAGAAUCCCGUGGAAAAAAAGUGACUAUGUAAAUGCACGGGAAGGAGAUGGUUUAAGACGUUGUAGGAUUUAAGCAAAAAGUCACACUUGGAGAGAAACUAACGAGCCAUCAAGUCCCCAUUCUGCUGUUGUCAUCCCUGUUUAAUGUGUGUGUGUGUGGGGGGGUUACCUAGGGCAGGAGCUGCAAUCUCAGUCAUUAAGCCCCAAGACACAGGCAUAUGCUGUAGCUAAUUCAGUUGAUUUUAUCUCAGCACACAUUCCCUAAGCACUUCCUAGGGGCAAGGUUGGCAUUUUUAUUAGCAAUAAUCUCUGCCUCCUCAUGAUUACCUAGAGAUUUAAGACCACAUAAUCAUCCUCUGUCAGACAGGGGGGUAGGGCAGAGGGAACAAGCUAAGAGGCCUCAAAUCCCUCCUAACACUUCUUCCCUGUCAGCAAGGUUAGUCAGCAGUGCUCUGCUGGCUGUGCUCAGACCAGCAGCCUGGGCUGGAUAGGGGCUUGGAAGGCUAGGCCUGGGCCCUUGGGACGGCUGAUGCAGGCUGAUGUUUCUGAGACGGCGUAAGGGCCAGUGAGCAGACUAGGGACCCUGCAACCGCCAGCAGAGUCAAGCAAGCAGUCCACCUUCUGCCUUCAUGCUGAAGCAAAGCAACGAGAGGAGACGGUCUUGGAGCUACAGGCGCUGGAGCAUUCCCGAGUGUGAGGACGAGUCGCCCACAGGGAGCGGCCCACACGAAAGCAGCCUCUGCUCCACGCGAGCUCGGUCUGGCUCCCAGGCCAGCAUCACACCGUGGAUGGAGGGCAGCUAUAACUACUACAUCAAACAGGACGAGGAUGGGGAAGAGGAGGAGGACCAAGAGGAGGACCAAGAGGAGGAAGAGCAGAAGGACGACGACCUCACCAAGGAGGACAAGAAGCCAGAGCAGGUCUCCACGACCCAGCCGGAGGAGGGCGGCACUGAUACCGCAGCCCAGGUGUCCACGCUGAACGUGAACGUGGGCGGCCACAGCUACCAGCUGGACUACUGCGAGCUGGCCAGCUACCCCAAGACGCGCCUGGGCCGCCUGGCCACCUCCACCAGCCGCAGCCGCCAGCUGGGCCUGUGUGAUGACUAUGAGGCCCAGACCGACGAGUACUUCUUCGACCGCGACCCGGCCGUGUUCCAGCUCAUCUACAACUUCUACACGUCGGGGGUGCUACUGGUGUGCGAGGAGUUGUGCCCGCGCAGCUUCCUGGAGGAGCUGGGCUACUGGGGCGUGCGGCUCAAGUACACCCGCCGCUGCUGCCGCAUCUGCUUCGAGGAGCGGCGCGACGAGCUCAGCGAGCAGCUCAAGAUCCAGCGCGAGCUGCGCGCCCAGGCGCAGGCCGAGGAGGCCGAGGAACUCUUCCGCGACAUGCGCUUCUGCGGCCCGCAGCGCCGCCGCCUCUGGAACCUCAUGGAGAAGCCCUUCUCCUCAGUGGCCGCCAAGGCCAUGGGGGUGGCCUCCAACCUCUUCGUGCUCGUCUCCGUGGUGGCGCUGGCGCUCAACACGGUGGAGGAGAUGCAGCACCAGGCGGAGCAGGGGACGGGUGGCAACCCGCAGCCCAUCCUGGAGCACGUGGAGAUGCUGUGCAUGUCCUUCUUCACCCUGGAGUUCCUGCUGCGCCUCUUCUCCACACCCGACCUGCGACGCUUCGCACGCAGCGCCCUCAACUUGGUGGACCUGGUGGCCAUCCUGCCGCUCUACCUGCAGCUGCUGCUCGAGUGCUUCACUAGCGAGGACCAAGGGCAUGGCAAGGGCUCACCGCGCGGGCACGACCUGGGGACGGUGGGCCGCGUGGGCAAGGUGGGCCAGGUGCUGCGCAUCAUGCGCCUCAUGCGCAUCUUCCGUAUCCUCAAGCUGGCGCGCCACUCCACCGGGCUGCGCGCCUUCGGCUUCACGCUGCGCCAGUGCUACCAGCAGGUGGGCUGCCUACUGCUCUUCAUCACCAUGGGCAUCUUUGCCUUCUCUGCCGCCGUCUACUCCGUGGAGCACGACGUGCCUGGCACCAACUUCACCAGCAUCCUCCAAGCCUGGUGGUGGGCAGCAGUGAGCAUCUCCACGGUGGGCUAUGGAGACAUGUACCCGGAAACACACCUAGGCAGGCUUUUUGCCUUCCUCUGCAUUGCUUUUGGGAUUAUUCUCAAUGGGAUGCCAAUUUCCAUCCUCUACAACAAGUUCUCUGAUUACUACAGCAAGCUCAAAGCUUAUGAGUACACAGCCAUACGCAGAGAGAGGGGAAAAGUGAACUUCAUGCAGACAGCCAGAAAGAAGAUGGUUGAGUGUUUGGCUAGAAGCAAUAUUCAGCCCAUCCCAACCGAAGAGAACUAAUACUUCAAAGGACACUUGGCUGGUAGAUCCCCUGAACUUCAAGGCUUCAUUGCUUCUGCUCCUCCUCCUCCUUCACAAUUGGCCCCAAAAGGACAUGAAGCAGACAUACACCAAAGACAUUCAGUUCACAGAUCUCUACGUCUAAAAAUGCUCAUUUUGGUCCAAACUCAAAAUGUUUCAUAUUGCUUUUUAACUAUAUUUCAUGUGAGAUUUUCACCAAUGAUACCAAUAUUGAAGACAGCUUGAAAAAGAGCAAUAUCUUGGAUUUCUCUGUUAGCUUCUUCUGGCAUCUAGCUCAAUAUAUAUUUUUGAACUUGAGUUGACUUGAGAAGAUUUUCCUUAGUUUACAGAAAAGUCUUAAUUUUUCCAAAGAGAUGGAGUGUUACAGCAACAGCUACAUGAGCUUUGGAGUCAGGUCAUCCUCACAGUCAGAAUCCCAGAUCUACCAACCAUAUGGUUUGAGGCAAGUCACUUUAACCUGAGCCUCAGUUUCUUCAAUUGUAAAAUGUAGAUAAUCACACAUACUUUGUGAGUGUGUAGAUUGGAGGUAUUAUUUGUAAAUUCUCAAUAAAUGAGAGUUGUGAAAAUUGCUCAAAUGGGUACUAAUCGAUUCUCUAGACCAGUGGUUCUCAACCAAAGGCAAUUUUUCUCCCAGUUGGGACAUUUGGCAAUGCCUAAGAGAAGGUUUUGAUUGCUAGUACUAUGAAGGAGGAUGGGGUGGGGGGCUUCUGGCCUCUAGAGGUAAAGGCCUGGGAUGCUGCCAAACAUUCUACAGUGCAUAGACACC